GAAAGUAGUGAGCGCGAGCGCUUCUUCCGUGAGGUGCCCACGCUCGCAUCCUCCCGUGCGCGAUGACACCGCGCGCCCUCCCCCCCCCCCCAUCAUUUCCCCGCCUGCCCGCGUCGCAGUGCUGCGCGCGAUGACCGGAUAACUUUUAAACCUGCACGAGGGAUGCUUUUCCUCGAUGGCAUCUGAUGAAUUCUUCACUGGGACACAGUAACAGGCCUGUCAAACGUCUCACCCCCCAUGUCACCGGGACGUCUCCAUGGCGACGUUUAGCAGCGCCGCGGGGGCCUGGAACGAGUCGGAUGGCCUCCGGUGGGACUGGGAGAGGAACGGCACCUCUGAGGCGUCGGGGCCGGACGAGCGGAACUACUACGCCAUGCUGUACUCGCUGCUCAUCGUGGCCAUCGUGUUUGGAAACGUGCUAGUGUGUCUGGCCGUGAUGAGGGAGCGCUCCCUGCAGACCACCACCAACUACCUGGUGGUCAGCCUGGCCGUGGCCGACCUGCUGGUGGCCUCGCUGGUCAUGCCCUGGGCCGUGUACCUGGAGGUGGUCGGCGGUGCCUGGCUUUUCAGCCGGCUCUACUGUAACGUCUUUGUCACGCUAGACGUGAUGAUGUGCACCGCCAGUAUCCUCAACCUGUGUGCUAUCAGCAUUGACAGGUACACUGCAGUGGUGAUGCCCCUCUUUUACAGCACCACCCAUCGCUCCAAGAAGAGAGUCUUUAUGAUGAUUGCCACCGUGUGGGUCCUGGCCUUCACUGUCUCCUGCCCGCUGCUGUUCGGUUUCAACACCACAGAUGACCCCCUGGUGUGCUCCAUCUCCAACCCCAACUUUGUGAUCUACUCCUCUGUGGUGUCCUUCUACCUGCCGUUUAUUGUCACCCUGCUGGUCUACAUCCGCAUCUACGUCUUCCUCAGGAUGAGGCGAAAGAGGAUCAUCUUCGGCCAGGCCAGCAGGAAGGUGCAGCCGGACUCGACUCCUCCGUCUGUGGAGACCUGUCUGCAAGAAGCGACUCCCAAGGAAAAGCAAGACUUGUCACCUAUAAGGAUUGAAGUGCAGAGCGUAGAGCCUUCAGGUCACUCCAAGCCAAACCUCCUGUCCGGCUGCCUGUGGCGCAAAAGGCCAAAGACGGGACCGGUGGACGCCUCCGCGCGGCUCCAAGUGGACACGCAGGACUGCUGCAGCAUCACCCACGCCUCCUGCGGCCGCACCGAGCUGGAUCACGAGGAGCAGCGGGGAGCGGAGGAGGAGCUGGAGGAGGGCAACCAGAGCGAGCGGCCCUCGGUCAGGAUGAACUGCGAGGUGAAGGAUCUGUCGAAUGGGCGGACGCACACGUCGCUGCAGUCGAUGGCCCGUUCCAUCAACAAUCAGCGGUUCCGCAGCAUGCACGCCAGGGAGAAAAAGGCCACCCAGAUGCUCGCCAUUGUGCUUGGGGUGUUUCUCAUCUGCUGGCUGCCUUUCUUUGUGACUCACGUUCUGAACACCCACUGCGGGACGUGCUACGUGCCUCCGGGGCUUUACAGUGCUUUCACCUGGCUGGGUUAUGUCAACAGCGCCCUCAACCCUGUAAUCUACACCACCUUCAACGUUGAGUUCAGACGGGCCUUCAUCAAGAUCCUCAGCUGCUGAGGGAGACGGCACAAUAACGAUGGAUGUAAAGGCGUCUACGGCUCGAGCGCGGUGCAUUUGGUGAAGAAAAAGGCCACAGAUUCACGCUGGUCAUGUUCGGGAACAGCGAACAGGAGUUGCACAGGAGCAGCAAGAUGAAAAACAACACGCUGUGGUAUGCAAAGACUUCAAAAAGAAGAUGAUACUUUAAAACACACUUUUCUUCUGAACAGGGCUUGGACUUCUGUUAGAACAGUAUUGCUCCUCAAAUAAACUCACAUUGUUACAAGCAUUCAGUCGUGUUAUUAUCGCAAGUGGUUCAACUUCAUUGUGACAUAUCUUGUACAGUUAUGUGUGCUGCUUUUUUGGCACCGGACGUUACAAUCGAUGUAAGUUUGGAACCUCGAGAUGAAGAAUUGAGGCUUGUUAAUUGAUGGCAGAGCUGUGGGAUAUUUCAUUCUGAGGCCCGCUGCAUUUUUGUGGAUUGACUGAUGACUCGCACCGCCCUUUGGACCCUUUAUUCACAAAUAUCCCCAUCAGAUACCCUGCAGUGCAUGGACACAUCAAUUGUCAAAGGCGUUCACUUGAAUUGCGCUGGAAGGAGCGGCUUUGGUCCCUGCCGAGACUUGCGUCAUUCUGAAGAUUGUAAUACAUGUGGAUGUGGAAGCAUUGUGUUCAAUGUGGAUAGAAAUGUGAGAUUUUGAUGUAUUGCACAGUGAAAUCAGUUUUUGUUUUUUUCUUAAAGAGACAGUCUGUUCAUUGGAGAAGCGUUUCUGAUGUGUUGAUGCAGAGCAGCAGCUUUGUGAUCUUAACAAAUCAAGCGGGAUUGUAAAUCGUGACGUGUGCACAAAGCAUUCCCUGCAGGGUGCUGUAAAUAAAAGAACGGAUUAAAUGUUUCCAGGUGUUCAUAAGUAUUAGGUAUAUCACGGCUUGUGUAUGCAUUCAGAGGUCUUAAUGUUGCUGAUAUUGGGAGACACCAUCAGCUAUGUGUGCUUUUUGGGAGAAACACGGAAAAGAUCCGGCUGAGUGAAGGACUUAGGGAUUUAAAGACGGAACCAUUGACGCAGCAGGAGAAUAAAAAAAACACAAUGAUGGAUCGUGGAUGAUGGGAGAUGAGAGUGGGCAGGAGUAAAGCUGAAAAGGAACUAAGUGAAAGAACCACCAGGGGUAGGAGGUUGAUGGAUGAAGGGUAGCUGCGGCCUGCAUCUCAACCUCUUACUCCUCCUAAGAGGCGUUAACACCUGCUCCCCUGACACUUUGCGACGAGCAUCGAGUUGGCCCCCUUCCACUGAGACGACUUGUGGUUAUAAGGCGCCGUGAGUGUGUGUGUGUGCGUGUGUCUGUGUGCAUCACUUUAUGUGUGUGUGCUGUGAUUUGUGAGGAGCAUCCAGUUCAACCAGAAUCAAUAUUUAAAAUAUAUUUAUAUUAGAGGAGUCUUUGACAUUUAAAAACGUGAUGGUGUAAUCAGGACAUAAAGAGGUUUGGAUAUGUGAUGUUUUCGCUUCUGUAGUUUCAUUUGAGUGUGUGUUAGUCCAAUUAAAAAGGCCUUUUGUGUUGUGUAAAUGCUGUGCACAUGUGCCUCUAGAUUACAUCGACUCAUUCAGAAACAAUGAAAUUAAUUUACAGUAAGAGGUUUUUAAUCAAACGAGCCCAAAACCCCAAAGGCAGGAAGGCGCUCUGUUCAUCACUGUGAGACUGGACUGUUCAUUACAUUCAAUCAUAUGAAGUAUCCAACACUGAGAGUAAAAUGUAAAGGGGUUUCAUGCCUCUCGAGAUGCAGGUUACAAGGUCAUAGAAAGAGUUUCCCUUUGGAAGCAUGAAUGUGAUCAUCCAAUUUCAAGGCAUUGGCUUAUAUAUAUAUA